AUGAGUAUUGAAAAGCUCAAUAACGUUGUUGCAGUAAGCUCGCAAGUGGAAGAAAAGCAAAAGGUGAAGUUCAGAUGGAGAGUUGCAGAUGACCACUCACCGAAAGAAAUCUAUAACAAGACUCUUUUCCUUUCUGUCUUGGUUUUUGGUAUUCUUGGUGCUGCUAGAGGAACAGAUGAAGGUACCGUAGCUGGUGCCAUGCAUCAGCCCUCUUUCAAGCAUCUCUUUGGUUUAUCUGAUAAAAGCAAGUCGGAACAUGAAAUUGCAGACUUGAAGUCCAAUAUUGCAGCAAUGGUUCAGUUAGGUUCUGUUGGAGGUGCCAUUCUUGCAAUGUAUACUGUUGAUAAGUUAGGCAGAGUUAGAGCUGUGCAACAAGUUUGCGUUAUUUGGAUCAUUGGUGCAAUUAUUCAAAUGACUUCAAGAAAUGUAGGACAGUUAUAUGCGGGUAGAUUAAUCGAGGGUUUCGCUAUUGGACAGACUACAACUAUCGGUCCAACAUAUAUGUCUGAAGUUGCUCCACCAGCAUACAGAGGUCUCUUUGGUUGUUUGUUCAGUGGUGCUGUGUACUUGGGUAUUUUCCUUUCCUAUUCCGUCAAUUAUGCUACAGCAAAACAUAUGUCAGGUUCUACUAACAGUCAGUGGAUGAUCCCUCUUUGUCUUAAAUUCAUCUUUUCCGGUUUUGUUUUCAUUGGUUCGCUUUUCUCGUAUGAGAGUCCUAGAUGGUUACUUAAAGUUGGAAAGAAUGACAGAGCUUUGAAGAGUUUGUGCAAACUCAGACAGUUGCCACCUGACCACCCAUACAUUGUUGGAGAAAUUAAUGAUAUUAAUGAACAAGUAUUCGCCGAAAGAGAAGCAACUUCCAAUUAUUCUGUGUGGCAAAAAUUCAGGGACUUAGUUACAGUUAAGUCUAUCAGCUACCGUUUCUUCGUCAUUGGUUUCAUGUCUCAAUUGCUUGGACAAUGGAGUGGAGCUAAUGCCAUUACGAUUUAUGCUGGUGACCUCUUUAGUUAUGCUGGAAUCAAAGGUGUUGAGGUUAUGAAGAUGACUGUUAUCUUAGGUGUUAUCAAGUUCUGUUCGGCUUACUUCAGUGCUUUUUUCAUCAUCGAUUUCUUAGGUCGUAGAAAGGCACUUUACAUUGGUAUUACCAUUCAAAUGAUUUCCAUUUUGUUCUUUGCAAUUUUUUUGCAGAUCGUUCCCCAUGCGACGGAAGAAGGUUGGACCUUAUCUCCUUCUGAAAAAGCUGCUAGUAAAGCAGCAAUGGCAGCCUUAUAUAUUUCCGGUAUUGGUUGGACCAUGGGUUUCAACAGUGUUCAAUAUUUGCUUGGUUCGGAAAUUUUCCCAUUGAAGCUUCGUUCUUUCGGUCAAUCUCUCAUCAUGGUGUUCCAUUUUGCUAACCAAUAUGGUAACUCCAAAGCUGUACCAAAAAUGUUGAUCAGUCUUAAGAAGUAUGGGGCUUUCUACUUUUUCACUGUUGUAUGUGCAAUGUCAUUAUUCUGGUCUUGGUUUUUCAUUCCUGAAAUUUCGGGUAGAUCCCUUGAAAGUAUGGAAGAAGUUUUCAACUUACCAUGGUACUUGGUUGGUAGAAAGGGUGCUAUCUUGUGUCCUGACACUUCCGCAGUUGGUAAGAUUACACACCUCGCAGACCGUGGAAGUGUUGAAAUCCUUGAAGACCUCGAAAGGCAGAAAGGCGAAGAGGAGUUAUUGGAGAACGCUAGUGAUGAAGACAAGAACAACAAGUACAAAUAG